AACCAGAACAUGGCUUGGGCUGCUCCUCCUCUGCUCUCUCUCCCUCUCAACCUCCUCCCACCCUCUUCUCCUCUCAUCUCCAAAUCCCACACGCCCAGCUGCCUCAUAACCACUAGAAGAUCAUCGUUAAGAGUCACAGCCAGCGCUUCAGACCAAGACCAAACCAAGAACAAAGAAACAGAACAAGACUCGCCAGCCUUCAACCCAUUUGGGUUCGUCACUGAUAACCCCUCAAGCCGCACCGCCAUUCAGCUCCCUGAUACCCCUGCAGACGAUGGCAAUGUCGGCCAAAUGCUUAACAGAAUAGAAGAAAAGGGGAGGGAUUAUGGAAAAUACAUCAGGUCGGGGGAGCAUGUAUGGUUCGUGAGAGAAACUGGAUCGGCUGAGAGCCAACGCGGAACAAUUGUAUUCCUUCAUGGCGCUCCCACUCAGUCUUAUAGCUACAGAAAUGUCAUGUCUCAGAUGUCCGAACUUGGAUUCCACUGCUUUGCACCUGAUUGGCUAGGAUUUGGUUUUAGUGACAAGCCUCAGCCAGGAUACGAUUUUGACUACACAGAAAAGGAGUUCCACGAUGAAUUUGACAGAUUACUAGAUGUGUUGGGGGUCACUUCUCCUUUCUAUCUAGUUGUUCAGGGAUUUCUUGUAGGUUCAUAUGGAUUGACCUGGGCCAUAAAAAAUCCUAGCAGAUUACAAAAGCUUGCAAUUCUAAAUAGUCCACUCACUGUGUCAUCUCCUCUUCCAGGACUAUUUAAACAACUAAGGUUUCCUCUACUUGGUGAGUUUACAUGCCAGAAUGCUAUUAUGGCUGAGCGCUUUAUUGAAGCAGGUAGCGCUUACGCGUUGAAGCUGGAAAAGGCUGAUGUGUAUCGUUUACCAUAUCUAUCAAGCAGUGGCCCUGGAUUUGCUAUACUUGAAGCUGCAAGGAAAGCUGAUUUCCGAAGCAUCCUGAGCCAAAUAGCAUCUGGCUUUGCAUCUGGAAGAUGGGAUGUACCAACUCUUGUUGCAUGGGGAAUUUCAGACAAGUAUCUACCUCAAUCUGUGGCAGAGGAGUUUAAGAAAGCAAACCCCUCUGUUGUCAACCUUAAGUUGAUAGAAGGUGCCGGGCAUAUGCCACAGGAGGACUGGCCUGAGAGAGUUGUUACUGCUCUAAGAGUGUUCUUUUAA